AAGAGAGGUGACUAGACCUCAAAUUACGGUGCUCCCAAUCACUGAUCAAGUGAUCAAAUUGGUUGAAGCCCAUGCUGCUGAGGAAGGCGUUACAGAUUUACGAACCUAUUCCAGACGCAAUGGAGAAGUAAUUUUGGAUGCUGCUCUGCUCGCAGGAGUGGACCCAGAUGAACUGUGGGACGAAGACUAUGUACCUGCAGAUAUUGAGAUUCCACCGGUCAAUGACAUGAAUUUGCGCAAGAACGAUGCAAUCACAGACGAAGAACUCGAAGAACUAAUCGAGGAUGCAGCCGAAGAUAUAUUGGAAUCUAGAAGAGUUGAUGAUAAGAGACAACAUGAACAUGAUGAGGCAGAUAGAACUGUCGACCGCAUGCUGCAAAAAAUUAAAAGACAUCAAGAAGAAGACGAUGAAGACGAUAUGGAUUUCGUGCAGGAUCAGCAACCUGAAAACGAUAUUGAGAUGGAUAUCGAUGAUGAAGAGUUAAAAGAUAUGAUUGAUGAAGUAGCCCGUGAGUUGGAUAGAUUAAGCCAACCCAUUGAAGAAGAAAUAAUGUUCAGCGUUGAAGAUGAAGACGAUGACAAUGAGGGUGAAUAUGAUGCGGAAGAAAUAGAAGAACUGCAAAAAGCAGAAGACGAACCGCAAGUAUAUCCUGACGAGGAAGAUGAUGUUCGUGCAGGAGUGAGAUUUGAAGAAGUCCCCGUGUUGAGUACAACAGAUGAUUCAAAUAAAGACAAAAAAAGGAGAACACGAAGUGGACGAUCAUUUUAUUCAAAUGGAGUCAAGUAUCGACCCAUAGAUAGGAAUCGAACUGACAGACCAAGAUAUGGUCAAACGUACUUACAACGAAAGAAGCCCAAGAUUAAUUUGUUAAAGAACAGGAGUGCCAUGAGAAAGAAGGCACGGUUGAAGAGAUUGCGUAUCUCAUUGUACCAGGCUAUCGCGUCAAAGGGUGGAACUGAGAAGAAAGCGACUUACAAUGUGGAUGAGUCGUUUGUGAUUUCACGCGUCAUGCAACAGAUUCGUGACGAAGUGUACACAAGGGAUGGAGUGUCAUUUAUUCAGCAGUAUUAUCUUAACAAAGGAUUAAAAAAUUUCAAAGAACGAGGAAAAGAAGCUGCGCUCAAGGAACUUGAUCAACUGAUCAAACCAAGUUGUUGGACACCCAUCAGUAUUGGUGAAUUGACUGAGUUCGAGAAGAGGAAAGCAGUUGAUGCAAUGAUGUUGCUGGCAGAGAAAAACAGUGGUGAUAUCAAAGGUCGUUUUGUAUAUAAAGGAAAUGAGACAAGAGACUGGCUGUCUCGAGAGGACACAGCUAGCCCGACCGCAUCACAUGAAGGUAUCUGUUGCACAGGAGUGAUUGACGCGCACGGAGGUAGAUGCAUGAUGUCAAUGGACAUUCCGAACGCAUUCAUUCAGACCUUGAUGCCAGAUUUAGGUAUGGUUAAUGGCAAACAAUUGACAAUCAGGUUCCAUGUUGAUGACGUUUUGGCGAGUCACAUGGAACAACAAGUACUUGAAGAUUUUUUCACAUGGGUGAAUGAGAAAUAUGGUGGCUUAAAGGAGGUCACAUGCACUAGAGGUAAAGUUCAUACUUAUUUGGGUAUGACAUUGGAUUUUUCGAAGAAAGGAAAAAUGAAAAUUCGCAUGGAUGAUUAUGUGGAUCGCAUGCUGAGUGAGUUUCCAGUCAAGUUUAAGGACAAUGAGGUCCAGGAGACACCAGCCGGCAAUAAUCUACUGGAGAAAGGUAAAGGGGCACCGCUUGAGAAGGAGCGACAUGAAGCGUUCCAUUCGUUUGUUGCCAAAUCGUUAUUUUUGUCAAAACGUGCUCGUCUGGACAUCAGUCCAACAGUAUCGAUUUUAGCAUCCAGGGUGCAAUCUCCGAAUCUGAGUGAUUGGCACAAACUAGUUCGGUUGAUGAGAUACAUCCAUUCUACCAAAGGAUGGCAUCUGACAUUGAGCGCUGAUGAUUUGCGCGUGAUUAAAUGGUAUGUCAAUGCAUCAUUUGCUGUUCAUCCAGACUUCAAAAGUCAUACUGGAGCUGUGAUGACAAUGGGCACUGGAGCAGUGCAAGCAAUUACACAAAAGCAGAAAUUGAACUGUGACAGCAGUACACAUGCUGAACUAAUUGGAGUCCAUGAUGCGAUGUCAAAUAUUUUGUGGACACGCUUAUUUAUGGAAGAACAAGGUUACCCAAUCGAGAAGAAUAUACUAUACCAAGAUAACAAGAGUUCGAUCCUACUUGAAACGAAUGGGAGAUCGAGCGCCGGAAAAAGGAGCCGUGCGCUAAACAUCCGGUAUUUCUUUGUGACAGAUCAAGUCGAAUUGGGCAACAUUACUAUUGAACACAUGCCAACUGAUGAAAUGUGGGCAGAUUACAUGACGAAGCCUUUACAGGGGGAAAAGUUUCGCAAGUUCCGGGCUGUAAUUCAAGGUGACCAGGAUUAG